GCCGUCGUUGUCCGUCCAGGUCACGCUCGCGUCACCUCUGUGAUUGUUUUCUUGGACUUUUGCUAGCCGCCAACCUCCGACCACCAGUCAUUCCUUUGUAUUCUCCUGUGGCGGAACCGGGAAGCCCAGAUCACGCUCUCUUCGCUGUCGUCCUUGCGCGUGCCUUUGGACAAACAAACAUGUUGUUCUCAAAUGCCCUCUCGCGAACCCUGCGACUCGCGGUGAUCGCGAUCGGCACUGUCCCCUCAACGACGGCCCUUCCCCAGCCGAUCCUCACAAAUCCAACCACCACGACCACCACAACACGAUCGGCCAUCCAACCCCGCAGUCAAGGCAUAUGGGAGACAGAACUGCACCAGAUCCCCCGCGGGCCGCGACAGGGCCACGCCGUCACGGCCCUGGGCCUCGAAGUAGUCCUCCUCGGCGGCACCACCCUCUCCGGGGGCAAAGACACGACGCCCGCACCCCUCGUCGAGGCCUACGCUCCCCUGACGGACAGCUGGCGCCGCCUCGCGGACCUGCCGACGGCCAUGACGCACACAAACGCCGCCUCGGUGCACGGCAAGCUCUACGUGCUCGGCGGGAUGACGGGCACCAAGGGCGUGCUGAGCCCCACGAGCGACUCGUACAAGUUCAGCCCGUUUGCGAACCGCUGGGAGCGGAUCCCGGACCUGCCGCCCGCGACGAGGCGGGGCGCGGCCGCGGUGGCGGCGUGGAAGGACAUGAUUGUCGUGGCGGGCGGGGUCAAACACCUCAACAUCUUCACGGGCGCGCAGACCACAUCGAACAAGGUCUCGGCGUACAACACCAUCACCAAGGCGUGGCUCGCGUACCCGGACCUGCCGGACGGCGGCAGAGAUCAUGCCGGCGGCGCGGUGUGGAACAACACGUUCUACCUCGUCGGCGGCCGCAUGGGCGGGAGGAGCAAUGUCAAGGCGGAUGUCUUUGCGCUCGACCUGAAGACACCCGAGGCCGGGUGGAAGAAGAAGGCGAGCAUGCCGACUGCCCGUGGGGCUUUCGCGCUGGUCGAGCUGAACGACAAGCUGUACGCUUUCGGCGGUGAGGUAUCCAAGGGCGAUAGGGAUGCCCAAACGGAGGCGUUUGGGUCCAUCGAGGUGUACGAUCCGCAGACGGACGAGUGGGAGGUGCUGGACGAGAUGCCCUUGCCCAGGCAUAGCACAGGGGCGGGAGUGGUACUGGGGGAAAUCUACAUCCCAGGGGGUGCAGACGCCGUUGGUCCCGGGACAGCGACGAAGACGAUGCAGGGAUAUAUGCCCGGAGGCAGGGUGAACGGCGAGCUGUAGUUCAUGCUCGGGGAGAUAUUCGUGCUAUGGAUAAUGAUAAUGUGACUCAAGGCAAAAAUGACUUUCUUAUUGCA